GCACCCGGAAGUGUGGAGAAAUAAAUGCGCUUUUUGUAUUUUUUUAAGCCAAGUUGGCUAAUAUAACAGGUCUGCUGAUUUAUUGUUAUAAUAUUAAAAAAGUUGAACUAUAUUUAAUAAUAACCAGUGCAGAGUGGCACGUUGGAUUUGUAAAACAAUGCCUCGAAGAAAGAGAACUGCAGGCAGCAGCUCAGAUGGGACAGAGGACUCUGACUUCUCAGCUGACCUUGAACCCACUGAAAAUACUGAGAGCAGACGGAGCAGUGCGCGGCUGACUCGCUCCUCUCUGCGCCUCAGCCAGUGCUCACAAGAUAACUUCAGGCCAGUACAGAGUAAUUCUCCUGCUGCUGUGUAUCCAGAUGAAGGCCUGGGUUCAGCAGCAGAGCUGUCAGCUGCCUCCGUAUUCUCCUCUGGGCGCAGGGUCACUCGCAGCCAACAGGGGGCAUCAAACACCACAGCUAAAAAAUACCCACUACGUCAGAGCAGGUCCUCUGGCUCAGACACUGAAGCUAAUGCAGACCAGAAGCAGGGCCCAGACCGGGACGAGACCCCACCUCGCACUCCGACAGGCAAUGCCCCUUCCUCGGAGUCGGACAUUGAGGUUUCCAGCCCCAGCAACGACCUUGUGUCUUCCAGCAACAAUGUUGUAGUUUCUCAAGAAGAAGAUGAGAGACUCGCCAAAGAGCUGUCACUCAAGGAGGCUGCUGCCCACGACCUCUCCCACCGGCCCAAACGACGACGGUUUCAUGAGAGCUACAACUUCAACAUGAAAUGUCCAACACCAGGAUGCAACUCCCUCGGUCAUCUAACAGGCCGACAUGAGAGACAUUUCUCCAUAUCAGGCUGUCCGCUCUACCACAACCUCUCUGCUGAUGAAUGCAAGGGCAAGGCAUCAACACGUGACAAACAGACCGAGGAAAGGACACUGUCGCACCGUCAGGACGAGAACAGACACGCCACGAGACACCAGGCUCCUGCAGAGCGACAGCUUCGGUAUAAAGAGAAGGUGACAGAGCUGAGAAAGAAGAGGAACUCUGGCCUCAACAAAGAACAGAAGGAAAAACACAUGGAGCACCGUCAGAUCUAUGGGACGAGUCGGGAGCCACUCUUAGAAAACAUCACCAGUGACUACGACCUCGAGCUAUUCAGGAAAGCUCAGGCACGUGCCUUGGAGGACCUUGAGAAGCUACGUCUGGCUGGCCAGGUGUCGGAGGGCAGCAACAUGAUAAAAACCAUUGUGUUUGGCCGCUAUGAGUUGGAUACCUGGUACCACUCGCCAUACCCAGAAGAGUACGCCCGCCUCGGGAGGCUCUAUAUGUGCGAGUUCUGCCUCAAGUAUAUGAAGAGUCAGACUAUUCUGCGCCGGCACAUGGCCAAGUGUGUGUGGAAGCAUCCUCCAGGUGAUGAGAUCUACAGGAAGGGAAACAUUUCUGUGUUUGAGGUAGAUGGGAAAAAGAACAAGAUUUACUGCCAGAACCUGUGUCUGCUGGCUAAACUCUUUUUGGAUCACAAGACUCUCUAUUAUGAUGUUGAACCUUUCCUCUUCUAUGUCAUGACUGAAGCUGACAACACAGGCUGUCACCUAGUCGGAUAUUUCUCCAAGGAGAAAAACUCUUUCUUGAACUACAAUGUGUCCUGCAUCCUCACCAUGCCACAGUACAUGAGGCAAGGCUACGGCAAGAUGCUUAUAGACUUCAGUUAUUUGUUGUCUAAGGUGGAGGAGAAGGUCGGCUCCCCUGAACGACCCCUUUCUGACCUGGGCCUUAUCAGUUACCGCAGUUACUGGAAGGAGGUGCUGCUGCGCUAUCUGAACAACUUUCAAGGCAAAGAGAUCUCCAUCAAAGAGAUCAGCCAGGAGACAGCAGUAAAUCCGGUGGACAUCGUCAGCACACUGCAAUCCCUCCAGAUGCUCAAAUACUGGAAGGGAAAGCACUUGGUCUUAAAGAGACAGGACCUCAUUGAUGAUUGGAAGGCCAAGGAGACCAAGCGUGGCACUGGCAAGACCAUUGACCCCACAGCCUUAAAAUGGACACCACCCAAAGGGACGUAGAGAAUCUUCCACUGACACUCGAACCUAAGGACCCAUAAAUACACUGGCAUGCACACAGACCAUUAGCCCAGCAGUUAGAAUAGUCAGCCGUUAUCCAUGUGAGCAGAAUCUGGGUUCAACAGUCACUGGCUUGGUUCAGGACAUCGACUCCAGUCAAAGUAAUACGGCUCACUUUGAGUCAUGACAUGAGGCUGAGACACGUGGCAAAUGCACUUGAAUCUAGACUUCUACAAUCAGCCGACACUUGACACAUAUAUUUAAUCAGUGCACAUUUAUUGUAACUGCGAGUGGAAUUGUUACUGUAGCUACAGAUGUUUUAAACACUUGAUAGAUAACUUAACUGUUCGAAUUAUAAUUAUUCCGUAACACUCAUAACAAACAACAGCCAGGUUUGGUUUUUUAAAUGUUGCUGUAGUUCAACAGAAUUCACAC